CGUUCAGAAACGGGAGCAGAAGAUAAAGCGAGCCGGGGGAGGCGGAGAGACGCAGAGUUGCAGGAGCGGGGAUACCGAUCAGCAGCAGCCCGAGAAUUUCUAUUGAUUUACCCGGACCAGAGCUGAAAGUCGGUGCGGAAUAAAGGGCAAAGAAAAAAAGCUGCGGAUCAGAUUUUCUUCAGAUUCGUCCUGACUUCCUGCACUGUCGACAAAAAUUCGAUUUGACAAGAUGAGACUUCAGGUGAGGUUUAUCAGCGGCGAUGGUUUCGAACUUGCUGUCGACCCUUCCAUUCAAGUGUCGACACUCAAGAUGAAAAUCCAGGAAAAGACCAAGGUGCCCAUUUUCCAACAGCGUCUGAUGGUGCAAAAUGGCCAAAGCGUGGAGAUGCAGGACGACAGAAGUCUGAGCUACUACAACCUCAACCCCAGCCCCACCGUCCUGUUGCUGGUCACGAAAGAGGAAUCCAUGCAGAUAUUUCUCCGGAAUGACAAAGGGAAAACCUCGACGUACGAUGUGAUGCCCUCUGAGUCCAUGCAGAAGUUUAAAGCGCGGGUCCAUCGGCAGGAGGGGGUCAGACCCGACCAGCAGUGCCUGGUUUACGAGGGCAGACAGUUGGAGGAUGGGCGAUUGCUCUCCGACUACAACAUCAGACCACAAACCACCGUCAUGUUGGUUAGCAAAGAGGAAUCCAUGCAGAUAUUUCUCCUGAAUGACAAGGGGAAAACCUCGACGUACGACGUGAUGCCCUCUGAGUCCGUGCAGAAGUUUAAAGCGCGGGUCCAUCGGCGGGAGGGGGUCAGACCCGAACAGCAGCGCCUGGUUUACGAGGGCAAACAGUUGGAGGAUGGGCGAUUGCUCUCCGCCUACAACAUCACACCACGAACCACCAUCUCUCUGCUGCUCCGGCUAGGUGGAGGCAGAUUUACUCCCGCUGAUGGUUAAGAGAACUGUGAUUAAAUAUAAUUUAGUGGUACUUUAUUGCAUUCCUAAAUUCUGUCAUUAGCACUUUGUUACUUUACCCUGCCUAUCUGUUACGUUCCACAGUGAUAUUCACAAGUUGGACAAAGGACCAAUUUCCACUCUGUAUUAAUGCUGUACUGAUGGGGUGUCAGUUGGACAACGACAUAAAUUCCCAUCGAGGUUUGUUGCUUGUCACCUUGUUGCCUUCUUAGCCUGGAAAACAUGGGUAGUCAGUUUUGCAGAGGCCAGAUAUUAACAAAAUCAAAGGAACUCUGGCAACCUGAUUACUGAAUUUUUUACUUACUUGGGGGUUAAAAUUGAUAAGAGACAUAAGGACUUAUUCAAGCUCAAUUUUUUAUCGUUAAUUAGUCAGGUUAAACAAUUGCUUACUGAAUGGUCAUCAUUGUCUCUACCAUUGAUUGGCCGAAUCAAUACUAUUAAAAUGAUUAUUCUACCAAAAUUUUUAUAUCUAUUUCACGUGGUACCAAUUUUUAUUCCUAAAUCUUUUUUUGAUACUAUUGAUUCUAAACUUUCAUCUUAUAUAUGGCAGAAUAAAAAUCCUAGGUUAAGUAAAAAAUAUUUACAGAAGUCGAAGAAAGAUGGUGGUUUAGCAAUGCGGAAUUUAUGAUUUUAAUACUGGGCAAUUAAUAUUGGAUAUUUAAUAUUUUGGACACAAGAUUGGGAUAUAAUUCCAAGUGCACAAUUGGUAGACCUUGAAGGUUACUCUGUACAAGGGUUUUCACCGGUUUCUAUUUUAGGAACUUCACUUUCCUUUGUGUUUUCUAAAUUGAAUAAACAAAUGGUUAAUCCAAUAAUUAAAUAUACUUUAUGAAAAUGGUUCCAAUUUAGUAAUUUUUUUGGUUUGAACAAAUUUAUAUUAUCAAGCACUAUUAUAUCUAAUUUUUCUCCAAAGGAUCAAGCCUUUUUGAUAUGGAAAAUGAAGGGUAUAACAUGUUUCCAUGAUUUAUUUUUGAAUAACUGUUUCAUGUCUUGUGAACAGUUAUCUAAUAAAUAUAACUUGCCGAGAUCCCAUUUUUUUAGAUACUUACAAAUAAGAAUCUUUUUACAUGCCACACUGUCUACCUUUCUGAUUUUACGCUCUACUGAUAUCAUGGGAAAAAUUUUAGGUUUAAAUCCUAAUCAGAAGGGAUUAAUAUCCGUUUGCUUUUUUGGGGUUUAGUAUUUGGUUCUUUUUUUGGGGGGGGGAGUUCUUUAUAUAUAUUUUUUUCUUUUUAUUUCUUUUUCUUCUUUAUGGUUAAUUUCAUCAUGAGUUUGGAAGUCUAUUAUACCUAUGUUAUUUGAAAUCUUUUUUGUAUAUGUUUACUAAUAAUAAGAUUAUUCCAAUCUCUUUGUAUCAACAUUGUUAUUUUGUUUAUAAUUUUGAAAAUUAAUGAAAAAGAUUUAAAAAGAAAAGAAGGGAUUAAUAGCAACUAUUUAUGAUAUAAUUAUGAAAAUACAGCCAGGUAUGUCCGAUAAAAUUAAGAAUGAAUGGGAAAUGGAACUUCAACUUCACUUACCUUUAGAGAAAUGGGAGAAAAUUUUUCCAUUAGCUCUUCCUCUAUAUGUGCUAAACAUACGCUGAUACAAUUUAAGGUGUUGCAUAGGGCCCACAUGGCUAAAGAUAAACUAGCUCGUUUUAACUCCCACGUAAAUCCUGUUUGUGACAGAUGUCACUCUGAGGUGGCUUCUUUGACUCAUAUGUUCUGGUCCUGCCCUCUCUUGAAAAAUUUUGGAAAGAUAUUUUUGAUAUUAUUUCAAUAGUUGUGCAUUUUGAUUUAGAACCCCAUCCUAUUACGGCAAUUUUUGGUUUUCCAAUGAUGGAACAUAGCUCUUUAUCUUCUUCAGCCUGUUGGAUGAUUGCAUUUGUCACAUUAAUGGCCAGAAGAUCCAUUUUAUUGAAUUGGAAAGAGACCAACCACCCUUACUACAUUUCAAUGGUUUUCCCAAAUGAUAUCAUGUUUAAAUUUAGAAAAAAUCAGAAGGGUCAUUUUUGAUCCUUCAGUUAAAUUUGAAGAGACUUGGAAGCCAUUUAUUCAACGUUUUCAUAUGAUGUAGUUUGAUCUUUUUUGAAUCCUUUUUAUUAACUUAGAAUAUACGAAUAGAGGAGCAGAGUUGAUGACAUUAAUGAAUUGAUCUAAUUAUUCGAUCUAAUAUAUUGGUUCAGCAAUAUUUUGUUCUGUUUGUAUUUUUGGGGGGUUUAACAAUUAGUUCUAUUUUCAGUUUUUUUGUUGUUUUUUUGGGGUUUUUCCUUUGCGAUAUCCUUUUCUUUUUAUUUCUUUUUUUCUUCAUGAUUAACUAUAUCAAGAGUUUGGAAGUCUAUUACACAUGUACUAUUUUGUAGUCUUUUUUCUAUAUGUUUUUAACAGUAAGGUAUUUCAAAUCUCUUUGUAUCACUAUUGUUAUUAUGUAUAUGAACUUGAAAACUAAUAAAAAGAUUAAAAAAGAAAGGAACUCUGGCAAUCUGCACCUCCUGUUCAGAUCAAUGAAACUCCGAAUGGCUGAUCACAAUCUGAUGGUCUAUGCCUUCCCACACAAAACUGGUCUCACUCAAAGACCCAGAAAUAACUGCUGUGGCAAUUUCAAUUUACUAUGUUUUAAAACAAAUCCCACUAAAAAGAUUGGGUUUAAUGGAGGGAGGGGAGAUGACUUACUGCUUUACCUUAAUAUCCUCAAGAAUUGCUUCAGUUACUGUGUCCUUCCAAUGGACUUUUAUUUUCAUUUUAGCAUUAAUAGUUCAAUAAAAUCAGAUUCGUUGAAGUUCUAAAUGUUUUGCAAUGUUCA